AUGUCUAGAACGGGCAGAGUUUUGAGAAAAAGUGCUACCAAGAUAAUGACAAGAGUUGCCUAUUUGCACCUAAAUGGUUCUCUCGCUAAUUUAGUUAGUGAGCAUUUCUGCCGCCGUGCGGCUCAAGCAAUAUCUAUCGUAGAUGUAGUUUCUUCUCAGAUUUGCCAAUUCUCUUCUUCUUCACAAUCACAGAUGUCAUCUAGAGCGGAUUACCUCCUGAAAUAUCUUCAGCUGGACAAGCGGAAGAAAAAGAGCAAGAAGAUACCCUCGGCAACCUCGAAUGUUGUGAUCCGGGCUGAUCCUAGAGUAGAGAAAGUUGAAAGUGAAGAGGAAGCUGAGAUUAUUCACGAUGAAGAAAGUGAAUUGGCACCGGUAAAGGUGCAAAUAGCUACAAAAUCACAGAGUAAAGGAUUUAAACGAAUCGAUAAUGGCUCGGAGGUUGUACAAGCAGAGAGAGAAAAAGUAGAGGAGCCUGGAAAAAUAGAACCAGAAGCACAACAGACUACAGUUUACAGAGAUGCCCUGGGGCGAAUUGUAGAUAUCGAUAAUAGAAGAAAGCAAUUUGAACAAGAAAAGGAAGCUGAAAGAGAUAAGAGGACUUUCACGGAGUUGCGGACAGCUGAAGAUGAAAUUGAAAGACAGCAGAAAGAGAAAUAUGUGCCGAAACAGAGCCAAUUUGAAGAUCCGUUGUUAGUAUUUGAAGAUAAACAAGACGAACCUGAAAAUUCUACGAAUGCCUAUAGUAGCUAUGUCUACAAUAAGGGAGUCAAUCCUUCAAACAGAUUUGGGAUCAGAGCCGGCUAUUUCUGGGACGGAAUCGAUCGUUCUAACGGAUUUGAGGAGCUUGUGUUGAGAAAGCAGACAGAGCAGAAGUUUCAGAAGAUGGAUACUGCGAUUAAUGAGAGUUAUGAUCUUGACUAUGAGUGA